GGGCGGGGCAGAGGGAAUAGCACCUCCUGCUUCUUUCUCAAUGGGAAGGAAGUAAAGCAAUAUAACAGCAGUGGCGAUGGUAGCAGCGGCUGGCGCAGGAGGUGAACUGAUGUUGAAAGCUACCCAGUACUUCAAUUAACUGAAGAGAGUACAUCACUUUGGGACUAUUAGGCAUUUAGCAAAUAUGCUGUGUUGUAGCAUUUUGUUUCUACAUAGUUCAGCAUUUCUGUUUAACUCUCGGUUAGAAAAUUGCCACAGUAUCUCAGGGAAACGGUAACCUGCAGGGUUUUUUGUUUUGUUUUUUACAAAUGUAACAACUGAAAACAAUGGACAGAUGAUAUCAAUUAAACUGCAUUGGCAGCUGACUAUCAGAGCAACAAGCAACUGUCAAAGCAGUGCCAAACUGCAAGGAUUUUUAUUACCCUCGCCACUGGGAAUUAUGUACAGUGUCUCAGUUCUGAGAGUGACUGCAGUUUCUACAUAGAUCACUUUGGGAUUUAUAAUCAUGUCUGUUAAUGCAACGGAGAGUGACAUUCCUAGGUUUUUUGUGGGUGGUGAAGAUGGAGAUGAGCUUUUGGAUCGAGCCAGAUCUGAAGAAUUUGAUUCCUUCUACGAUCAUGACGAUGAAGACGAGGAGUAUGAUUCUCCACCAGAAAGACAGAUCAUGGUUGGAAUAUGUUCUAUGGCAAAGAAAUCCAAAUCAAAACCCAUGAAUGAAAUCCUUGAACGCCUUUCCAUGUUUAAGUAUAUCACUGUAGUAAUAUUUGAAGAGGAUGUCAUUUUGAAUGAACCUGUGGAAAACUGGCCUUUAUGUGACUGUCUCAUUUCUUUUCAUUCUAAAGGAUUUCCAUUGGACAAAGCAGUUGCCUAUUCAAGACUCAGGAAUCCAUUUGUUAUUAAUGACUUGAAUAUGCAAUACCACAUACAAGACAGGAGAGAAGUUUAUAGUAUUCUUGAAGCUGAAGGCAUUUUACUUCCACGUUAUGCAGUUCUAAACCGUGAUCCAAACAAUCCCCAAGAAUGCAAUUUGAUUGAAGGAGAAGAUCAUGUGGAGGUGAAUGGAGAAGUUUUCCCAAAGCCUUUUGUGGAAAAACCUGUUAGCGCUGAGGACCACAACGUGUAUAUUUAUUAUCCAACAUCUGCUGGUGGUGGAAGUCAGAGGCUCUUUCGAAAAAUUGGCAGCAGAAGCAGUGUAUAUUCCCCUGAAAGCAGUGUGAGGAAAACUGGUUCAUACAUCUAUGAGGAAUUCAUGCCUACAGAUGGCACUGAUGUGAAGGUAUACACUGUAGGUCCAGACUAUGCCCAUGCAGAAGCUCGUAAAUCUCCGGCUCUGGAUGGGAAAGUAGAGCGAGACAGUGAAGGGAAAGAAGUCAGGUAUCCAGUGAUCCUUAAUGCAAGGGAGAAGCUGAUUGCUUGGAAAGUAUGCCUGGCUUUUAAGCAAACAGUUUGUGGCUUUGAUCUGUUGCGUGCAAAUGGACAAUCCUAUGUCUGUGACGUCAAUGGCUUCAGUUUUGUGAAGAACUCUAUGAAAUAUUACGAUGAUUGUGCUAAAAUCCUUGGAAAUAUUGUAAUGCGAGAACUCGCUCCGCAGUUUCACAUCCCAUGGUCCAUACCAUUAGAAGCAGAAGAUAUUCCCAUUGUGCCAACUACAUCUGGGACAAUGAUGGAACUUAGAUGUGUCAUUGCUGUUAUACGACAUGGCGAUAGGACGCCAAAACAAAAAAUGAAAAUGGAAGUUAAGCAUCAAAAGUUUUUUGAUCUUUUUGAAAAAUGUAAUGGAUAUAAAUCUGGGAAGCUAAAAUUGAAAAAGCCCAAGCAAUUGCAGGAAGUGCUUGAUAUUGCAAGACAGCUCUUAAUAGAACUAGGACAAAAUAAUGACUCUGAAAUUGAAGAAAGUAAAUCUAAACUUGAACAACUGAAGACUGUGUUGGAGAUGUACGGGCAUUUUUCUGGCAUAAAUCGCAAAGUUCAGCUGACAUACCUCCCUCAUGGUUGUCCCAAAACAUCUAGUGAAGAAGAAGAUAACCGCAAACAGGAGCCAUCUCUACUCUUAGUUCUAAAAUGGGGAGGAGAACUGACACCUGCAGGUAGAGUUCAAGCAGAGGAACUAGGAAGGGCUUUUCGAUGCAUGUACCCAGGUGGACAAGGAGAUUAUGCUGGAUUUCCUGGAUGUGGUCUACUUAGAUUGCAUAGUACUUAUCGGCAUGAUCUCAAAAUAUAUGCUUCUGAUGAAGGAAGAGUUCAAAUGACAGCAGCAGCUUUUGCAAAGGGACUACUGGCAUUGGAAGGAGAGCUCACUCCUAUCCUUGUCCAGAUGGUCAAAAGUGCUAAUAUGAAUGGUCUACUUGACAGCGAUAGUGACUCUCUUAGCAGCUGCCAACAUCGUGUGAAGGCACGCCUUAAUGAAAUACUCCAAAAAGACAGAGACUUUACCCCUGAAGAUUAUGAAAAGCUCACACCAUCUGGCAGCAUUUCUCUGAUAAAAUCAAUGCAAGUGAUAAAAAAUCCCAUUAAGACAUGUGACAAGGUAUAUUCCUUAAUCCAGAGUUUGACAUCUCAGAUCAGACGACGGAUGGAAGAUCCUAAGUUUGCAGAUAUUCAACUUUACCACAGUGAAACCCUGGAGCUAAUGUUGCGAAGGUGGUCCAAGCUUGAAAAGGACUUUAAAACAAAGAAUGGAAGAUACGACAUUAGUAAAAUCCCGGAUAUCUAUGAUUGUAUAAAAUAUGAUGUCCAGCAUAAUGUCUCUUUAAAGCUAGAAAAUACAAUGGAACUAUACAGACUGUCAAAGGCAUUGGCUGAUAUUGUGAUACCACAGGAAUAUGGUAUUACUGAAGCUGAAAAACUAGAGAUUGCUAAAGGAUACUGCAAUCCACUACUGAGGAAAAUCCGCUCUGAUCUUCAGAGAACUCAAGAUGAUGAUACUGUUAACAAGCUCCAUCCUUUGUAUUCUAGUGGAGUUAUGUCUCCUGAACGUCAUGUCCGAACUAGGCUAUACUUCACCAGUGAGAGUCAUGUCCAUUCUUUACUGUCAACUCUUCGCUAUGGUUCCUUAUGUGAUGCUUCAAAAGAUGAACAGUGGAAACGAGCUAUGGAUUAUCUCAAUGUUGUCAGUGAACUCAAUUACAUGACCCAGAUUGUUAUCAUGCUGUAUGAGGAUCCAAACAAGGAGCUUUCAUCAGAGGAACGUUUUCAUGUGGAGUUACACUUUAGUCCAGGUGCUAAAGGCUGUGAAGAGGAUAAAAAUUUACCAUCAGGUUUUGGAUACAGACCUGCUUCAAGGGAGAAUGAUGGCUCAAAGAAAAACUCUCAUAGAAAUGACAGUGAUGAGGAAUUGCACGCUUAUAAAAGGGAUGAACCUGAUCGAUCUAUAAUUAUGUUCAAGCCAAUGGUGUCAGAUCCAAUUCAUAUACACAGAAAGUCACCCCUUCCAAGACCCAGGAAAAUUGGUUCAGUGGAAGAAGAGAGCCCCCUGAGUGUGUCUAGCCCAGAGUGUAUUGGUACCUGGCUGCAUUACACCAGUGCUGUGGGUACUGGGCGUCGAAGACGCAGAUCAGGGGAACAAAUCACUUCUUCCCCUGUCUCCCCUAAAUCAUUGGCUUUCACAUCCAGUAUUUUUGGCUCAUGGCAACAGGUUCCAUCAGAAAACAACAGUCACUUCCGACCACCAAGAACUAUUGUAGAGCAAAAGACAAGUACUAUAGGGUCUCACUGUGCGAGCCUGUUUAGCACCUCUGUGCUCGGGGGUUCUUCAAGUGCACCUAACCUACAGGAUUAUGCUCGUACUCAUCGUAAAAAGCUGACUUCUUCUGGCUGCAUAGAUGACACCACACGUGGUUCUGCUGUUAAAAGAUUUUCUAUCUCAUUUGCUCGACACCCAACCAAUGGCUUUGAAUUGUAUUCCAUGGUGCCUUCAAUCUGCCCUCUAGAAACUCUCCAUAACUCCUUAUCAUUAAAGCAGGUGGAUGAAUUUCUUGCCUCCAUUGCUGCCUCUACUUCAUGUGAAAAUUUUCCAGAGACAUCCGCAGUUUCUCUUUGUUCUCCAUCAUUCCUGGAUGCCAGGUCAACAAGAAAAGAUUCUUUAAAUAUGUACACCCCUGCUAAAAUCCAGCCAACAUCAUUUGAAGAUUUUUUGAGUCGGCGAGCUGUGGAGAAAUGUUCCUCAGGUUCCAGUGGUCCUUCACCUCCUGAUGUUUGACGGCAUCAUAACAAGCCAAAAAAGGGGGUUAAAACAAUACUUGUGUAACAUUAGUGUGGUUAAACUCUCUCUCUCUCAGAAUAAAUGAAGCAGUUUGUGCAAAACUGGAAGGGAUUGACAUUGCUGUCUUUUACACUGUCUUUUACAGUGUCUUUUACAGUGUAAAGUGUUUGUAAAAAAAACCAUAAAUAAGUAAGUUAGCUUUCAAAGGCUAUUCAUUUCUAUCUAUAAGAAUGUGUUUCCCUGUAUAUAAAAUUAUUGGUAUAUUGCUUAUAUUGUAUAGAUCUGGGUUAAAGGUGAAUUCUUUGUUUCUAAACUAAGAAAAGCAAACAAGUUUUAAGGAACUUGCCAUCUUUAACAGACAAACUGCACAAAGGUCUUUUCUGUUUUGUUUUGUUUUGUUUUGUUUUGUUGUCCUAAAUAUACGCACAAACAAAAGCCAAAACAGCCUAACAAAUUGAGUUGUAUUACAAGAGCAGCUAGGAAGGUGACAGGAGGCAAACAGGAAUGUAAAAGCACUACUUUUUUUGGGUCUGCAACAGGCCUUUCAAAAGGCCAAGACAAGAAAGAUGUUUUUUUCCAUCACAAAGACACAUUAACAUGGCUCUGGUUAAUAGCUACCUUCUUGAAUACCCAUCCCUGAAAACAGAGCUCCAUGGGUGAACCUUUCUCCUCGGUUAUAAAUGCAUUCUAUAUAUGAACAAUAGCUGAAAAAUACUCUCAAAUUUGAAAGAUACACACACACAAACUAUAGAGACCGUUACCCUAAUGGGAAUGGGUCAGAUUACUUUGAGCCACCUAAAUACAAAUCUAAUAAGUAUAACAUUAAAAAGGUGUACUGUAUUUUAACAAAUUAACUCCGUAUGUAAUAGAACAACUUCAUCUUAUAAACAAAAGUUUCAGAACAAGCUACUUGAUUUUUUUGGAAAAAAAUUCUUGCAGCAGCAGAACCAAUGGUUUCACAGCAAUUUUAUUCCCAAUUCUCAAGGUCCUAGCAUAUACCCUCCAAUAGAUUAAGGAAAAUAGGCCUUAGCUAGACCUAAGGUUUAUCCCGGGAUCGUCCCUGCUUGCUCCUGCGAUAUCCUGUGUGUCAUUUACCUGAACAGGGAUGACCUCAGGACAAUCCUGAGAUAAACCUUAGGUCUAGCUAAGGCCUCAGUCUCACUUAUGGUCUAUGUCACUUUUCUUCUCCCUCAACAGCAACUAUGAUGGGGAACAAGACCUUAGUCUUGACCCUACUUCAUGCAGACACGCUUCCAUCGGGUGGAGUCAGCUGCGGGAUUUAGGUUUUAUACCAGAACCAACUCCCCCCACCACCCUUAAAUAUGGCUCCUGCAAACAUCACUUAUUCCCCGCUGCUUUGAGGCAGCUGUAGGAAGGGUAAUUAUAGCACUUUUGCUAUAAUGCAGUUAAAUAUCUAUUGUCCAAAGUUCAUGUAUUCAUGCGUUAAGAGUUAAUUAUUAAUAUCUUGCCCUAAACUGACAUCUGGCACACUCAGUCUUAGCCUGGGAGCAUCUUUUAUUUAAAUACAUUUCCAAAGAGAACUGCUGUUUUGCUAUUUCAUAUUUUUUCUGUUUGGAUGUAGGUGUGCUGGGGUCAGUUAUGGAUAGUAUGUCUGAAUUUCCAUGCUUUUUGUAUGUUUACAGCAGACCUUUAAUAUUCAAAUAUAGUUUGUUAAUAUCUGUGCUUUAAAUAUAUGCUUUAAAUAUAUAUAUCCUGUCCUAAAGUAAUUCCCUGUUUACAUUCUUCCUAAAGGUUCUUGUUUUAUUAGAGGGGGAAAUGGCUUUCUCCACAGGUUUCUGCAGAAUAAGGGUAAUCUACAUGCGGAUAACAGGAUUUAUAAAAGCAGAAACAGCUGGUCUGUUAAAAUUCCAUGCUAGCAACUUUAUAUGUCUGCAGAUGAUAUUUCUUGUUGUGUUUUCAAAUUAAAAGUUGCAGCAUUACCAAAUCUAUAUAAUUACUGAACACUUGGGCAUAAACCAAUACUGCUAACGUUCCUAUCAUUGUCCCUUUAAUCUUUACUCUUAGCAGACAAUGGUUAAAGACAAUUUUAGGAUUUUAAUUGUGCUAUAAAAAUAACGAGAAGCUCAAUUUGUGCUUUAAAAAAAUAUUCAGGUUUGUAAAAUCAACAUUUUGGGCAGUAUCCAAGUCGAAAGCAAUAAUGUAAAUUACGUUGCACUAGCAUAAGCAACCUCUAGCAUGAUGUAAUUUACAUUAGUGCUACUUUAGACUUGGAUACUGCCCCUAUGUAUCAGUAGUCCUAUGACUUCUCUUGUGGCCUGAUGAAUUAUUGGAUGCCUAUUAGUGUAUUUAUGAUAAUUACAGUAACUAAUAUUAAUGUGACUCAUGAACAGCAAUAUUUUCCUGUUAAAUCACAGGAAUCCUAGCUUCAAUAAAGUUAUUUUCAUCCAGCAAUUCUCCAUGAAGGUGUAAUUGCUUAUUAAACUUGCCAUGACAUUGCUGUGCACAUGAGAAAUUCUUAUGUUCUGUUUAAGAUACCAAAUGUAUGAUGGGUUCGCAACUUCUCAUUACAAACAUUUCAUUUUCUACAAUGUAAAUUUUUUGCCUCUGAAUGUACAUAUUAUGUUAACUGUUUUUCUAUCAGAAAAUAUUACAAUUUAUGUGUGCAUAUCAUUCCAGUCAACCAAAGCUUUGGCAUAAAAAAAAUGUGCUCUUAAAUAAAAGAGAGUCAACAACACAUAACAUUUGUUCUUCUUGCUCUCUAAUUGAGAAUUAACCUUUAGUCUCACUUUAUUUUCCUGUUGUGCUAUAUUGCAAAAAUUAAUACAAUAAUACAUUUCUCUUAACUUUAUAAGAAAUUAGGGUGUUCUAUAUAGGAAAACACUAGCCCAGACACAUAUUUUUCAUGAGAAUGAAGUUGUAUGUGAAAAAAAAAUACAU